UGGAAUCCGCGAGGUUCAAUCACUCGGAGAGAUUACAUUACGAACAGGAAUCCACAAAACGAAUUGAUCUUUUCCCAAUAAUUUAAAUAUUUGAUAAUCCAAUGUUACAAGUAUCGAGCUACGUAGUGCUGGAGAAAUUUGACUGUCAGGAAUUGACUGUACAGACAUUUCAGUCAACGAAAUCCAUGUGGACAUAUCUAUAAGCGGAAUUGGAAUCACUCAAAGGAAUACGUUUGACGAAAAUAUUAUCAGAACAUUGAGUACUUUCGAACCAUUCCUACAGCCGAAUAGAGUUGCCCUCAAGUGUUUACAUACUAAUAAGAAUCGAUUAGAGUUAUAAAAAUGAUGAUGUGCAACUGAUAGAUUUUAAUUGAUAAAACUUCAAUCCGCUACGAGAAUCGAAUCACCUUCUACUUGGAACUACAAAUACUUGUGUAUCAGGGAUUGAUCAAAGUUGAGAAAAUUUACCAAAGAAUCCUCAUCUUAUAUCGCAGUGACAAGUUACAACGACGAACAACAAUUUCCCGACAAGGAGCUUCUUGCGUUUCUGAAGCAGAAGAUAGAGCUAGCCGAGUUACUGAUCGUGAGUUUACCGCUGCCGGAAACUGGACCAACAAUCGUGUACACCCAGCACUUCUGGGUUUUCUUUCGGCACUUCAGACUCCGACAUGUCGAAAACUAGCGUCGACUACUUCAAAUCGGCGGAAAGUGGUGUGCAGCUGACAGAGGGCGUCAUUAGGAACCCGCAGAAGUACACCGCACUUGGACUGCUCGGCCCCCCCGAAACGAAGUUGUACAAAAAACGAUGGGCGAUUCUGGGGAUCUUCGUUUUCUACAGCGCCAGCAAUGCCAUGCAGUGGAUCCAGUACAGUAUAAUCGCAAACAUCGUGAUGAAAUAUUACAACGUGACAGACAACGCCGUGAACUGGACCAGUUUGAUUUACAUGGUGCUCUACAUCCCAUUCAUAUUUCCCGCCAGUUACCUCUUGGAUAAAUUGGGCCUACGUGUAGCCGUGAUCAUCGGUGCUAUUGGCACUGCAACUGGUGCAUGGAUAAAAGUAUUCAGCGUUUCCCCGGAGAGAUUCCUGGUGACUUUCUUGGGUCACUCAGUCGUCGCGCUGAGUCAAGUGUUCGUCUUAUCGGUGCCUUCUCGCCUUGCAGCCGUCUGGUUUGACCCCGACCAAGUGAGCAGCGCUUGCAGCAUCGGCGUCUUCGGCAACCAGCUUGGCGUAGCCGUGGGCUUCCUAUUUCCGCCGAUGUUGGUCAAAAACAGCGAUGACAUGACGGUCGUCGGAUAUGGUCUACAAACUAUGUUCUACAUCGUAGCUGCGAUAACAUCAAUCAUCCUGGUCCUUAUCCUGCUGUUCUUCAAGGCCGAACCACCCUUACCACCCAGCUCCGCCCAAGCUGUUCAGAGGGAAGCUGAGAAUUCUGAAAACUUCCUAUUUUCUGUGAAAACUCUGUUGCUCAACAAAGGAUACCUCCUGCUCCUUCUCAGUUACGCGAUAAACGUCGGCAUUUUUUACGCCCUGAGCACUCUUCUGAGUCAAAUAAUACUUGAAUAUUAUGAAGAAAGUGAAACAGACGCGGGCAGAAUUGGUCUCGUUAUCGUUCUUGCCGGCAUGUUAGGAUCAGUUUUGUGCGGCAUAGUCCUGGACAAAACGCACAGAUUCAAAGAAACGACGCUUUGUGUGUACAUAUUUUCAUUCCUGGGAAUGGUGCUCUUCACAUUCACAUUGGAUUCUCACAUAUACGUUGUGUAUCUCACUUCGGCCAGCUUGGGAUUCUUCAUGACAGGCUACCUGCCAGUAGGUUUCGAGUUUGCGACAGAAUUAACCUACCCGGAACCGGAAGGUACGUCGGCGGGACUUUUGAACGCUGCGACUCAAGUUCUCGGGAUCGUAUUCACGUUGGUUUACUCCCACCUUUUCAAAAUCUGGGGUGUAUUUUGGGCAAACAUAGGUCUGUGCGUUAUGUUAGGCUUCGGAUGUCUCAUGACCACUCUUAUACCGAAUGAUCUUAGGAGGCAGAAGGCCAAACUCUGAAUACAAGCUCCUUUUCGUCGUUCGUUUGAACGACGAAGGAGUGAAAACUUGACGAGAUGCAUAGGGCCCAAGUUAUAUAACUCCGUUGAAGAAGUUCGGAGCUCGAUUGACCUAAGGAACUUGUGAUUUCGAUGACAUAAUGAUUGAUAGUAGCUUUGAGCGUAGUCCAGAGAAGCUGUGGAAAUAUAAAACGACCAAUGAAAUCCGAGAAUUGUUAGUCGGUAUUAUAAAAAUAUAGCACAGAAUAAAUUAGUAUAACCAGAUUACAGAUAUUACAGAUA